AUGGCAGAGGUUCUGGGUGCGGUGUCGAGCAUUGUGACGCUGCUGGACCUUGCAGGCAAGGUCAUCGAAUACCUCAAAUCCGCCAGCCAUGCUGAUGAUGAUCGGAGCCGUCUCAGAGAUGAGAUUAGCAGCUCAGUUGCCGUCUUGAUGAUGCUCAAGGCUCGCCUCAGCCCAACCUCGCCGCAUGUGACAUCUUUGCAGACCACAAAAACCCUCGCGGCUCCUGGAGGCCCUUUGGAGCAAUACAAAUCAGAUCUGCAAACGGUUGCUAGCAAAAUUGUACCCAGCGUCGGCACAGGUCGUCUCAAAGUUACCGUCGACAAAUUAGCAUGGCCAUUCAAAACGACCGAGAUCAAAGCGCUAAUAGCAUCUUUGAAUCGACAGAAAACCCUGUUCAACCUUGCUCUUCAGGAUGACCACUUGUCAAUUUCGCUUGCUCUUCAAGGCAGCACAGAUGCGCUAGGAGCAAAAAUCGACAAUGUCACCAAUGACCUGGACAAUGUCAAACAGGGGCAAAAAGGUAUGGUGCACAUUGCCAACUCGACCGACUGGCCUGAACUGACGGUCCCAGUCCAGACGGAGGCACAGGCGCUUGAAGAAAAACGGCGCAUCGAGGAAUGGCUAUCGCCCUUGAACUUCUGGAUCACGCAAGACGACACGCUACGUCGACGGCACAAGGAUACAGGUGGCUGGGUAUUUGAUGCACUGGAGUUCAGGACUUGGAUUGAUUCACCUGGCAAUAUGCUGUGGUGUCCUGGCGUUGCGGGAGCUGGUAAAACUGUCAUCGCGUAA